AUGGCAACCCCAAUGACAGGAAACAAUGGGUAUAAGUUACCCCCUCCAGCUUCUUAUAAUGUGAAUGACGGCAACGUCCAGGGCUUCCUUACCCAGGCCAAAGCCUACCUCAGGUUCUAUGCACGCCAAAUCAAUACAAAACCAGACAAGGUGCUCUGCGUGGCAAGAUUCCUCAAGGGCGACGCCCUCGAAUGGUUCGAACCAACCAUGAGGAACUAUCUCGACAAGAACAAGGAAGAGAGGGAAAAUGAGACCAACAAUGUCUUCCAAAGCUAUCACCAUUUCGAAAGAAAGCUCAGGGCGACAUUUGGAAACCCUGACGAAGCCAGGUCAGCGGAACGACGACUCAUGACACUGCGACAACGAGGAUCAGCAUCCAAGUACGCAGCAGAAUUCAAACAGAUCGCAUCUCGAACCGACUGGACCGAUAAAGAUGCUCUCAUGGCACAGUUCUAUACCGGAAUCAGAGACGACAUCAAGGACGAAGUGUCAAGACUGAGCGACCCGACGAACUAG